AGGCACCGCCUCUGCCCAAACUCACCCUCUUAUCUCAGUCUCCAGAUUCCAAACAAACCAUAUCAACUUUGUAAAUCCUGUUACUAAAUAGUUUUUCCAUAUGUUUUUUUUAUCCAUCUGACAGCCAACCCAAUGUCACUUUCAGAGUGUUUAUAUAGAGGUGGAUGUUCAAGACCAGCUUGAGGACAUUGGUGGUGGCUUGACUGAAGACAUGGGCUCAUUUCGUGUAAUGUGUUUCAUCUUCCUAUUCGUACCAUACGCGGUAGGAAAAGAUAAGGUGACACCACAUCCCACAGAGGAAAAGCAGGGUUGCCCUAAGGUAUGUAAAUGCCCUGUGAAGCUCACAUGUCCCCUAGGAAGACCCAAAGCAUUUGACAAGUGUGAGUGCGGGUGUAGUGUGUGUGUACAGACCUUGGACUUGGCGUGUGAUGGAUUCAGACCCUGCGAUGCAACUCAAAAUCUGACCUGUGUCUACUCGACUGGUCCUGAGAACAAACAGGGAGUCUGCAAGGUCAUCAGAAAGCAUCGCUCCUGUUUUAACAACGGCUCUGAAGUCUUGCAUGGUCAGACAUUCCAAGAUGGCUGUACAGGUCGCUGUAAAUGUGACGAUGGAAUGAUUUCAUGCGUAUCCCUUUGUCCACCAGUAGGAUCUGCCCCUAUUCCUGGCUGCCUAGACAUGCGCUACGAGUCCGUUCCAGGAGAAUGCUGCAAGCAAUGGAAAUGUGUGAAAUAUGAAUCCACAGACCCGAACCAUUCCCAGGGGGAUCCCCUUCACCCCACCAGCAAGGAGAACACCAGUCUUACUGCUAACACCCGACGAGUCAAAAUUCCAAGCAGACGGAAUCCUGACGGAGUCAUCAGAAAGCAUCGCUCCUGUUUUAACAACGGCUCUGAAGUCUUGCAUGGUCAGACAUUCCAAGAUGGCUGUACAGGUCGCUGUAAAUGUGACGAUGGAAUGAUUUCAUGCGUAUCCCUUUGUCCACCAGUAGGAUCUGCCCCUAUUCCUGGCUGCCUAGACAUGCGCUACGAGUCCGUCCCAGGAGAAUGCUGCAAGCAAUGGAAAUGUGUGAAAUAUGAAUCCACAGACCCGAACCUUUCCCAGGGGGAUCCCCUUCACCCCACCAGCAAGAAGAACACCAGUCUUACUGCUAACACCCGAGGAGACAAAAUUCCAAGCAGACGGAAUCCUGACGGAGUCAUCAGAAAGCAUCGCUCCUGUUUUAACAACGGCUCUGAAGUCUUGCAUGGUCAGACAUUCCAAGAUGGCUGUACAGGUCGCUGUAAAUGUGACGAUGGAAUGAUUUCAUGCGUAUCCCUCUGUCCACCAGUAGGAUCUGCCCCUAUUCCUGGCUGCCUAGACAUGCGCUAUGAGUCCGUCCCAGGAGAAUGCUGCAAGCAAUGGAAAUGUGUGAAAUAUGAAUCCACAGACCCGAACCAUUCCCAUGGGGAUUCCCUGCACCCCACCAGCAAGGAGAACACCAGUCUUACUGCUAACACUCGACGAGUCAAAAUUCCAAGCAGACGGAAUCCUGACGGAGUCAUCAGAAAGUAUCGCUCCUGUUUUAACAACGGCUCUGAAGUCUUGCAUGGUCAGACAUUCCAAGAUGGCUGUACAGGUCGCUGUAAAUGUGACGAUGGAAUGAUUUCAUGCGUAUCCCUCUGUCCACCAGUAGGAUCUGCCCCUAUUCCUGGCUGCCUAGACAUGCGCUAUGAGUCCGUUCCAGGAGAAUGCUGCAAGCAAUGGAAAUGUGUGAAAUAUGAAUCCACAGACCCGAACCAUUCCCAGGGGGAUCCCCUGCACCCCACCAGCAAGGAGGACACCAGUCUUACUGCUAACACUCAAGGAGUCAAAGACGGAGUUAUCGGAAAGCAGCGUUCCUGUUUAAUCGAUGGCACGGAAUACCUACAUGGUGAGAAAUUCCAGUUUGGUUGUGUAGGUCGCUGUGAGUGUCGGGAUGGUGCCAUUGGUUGUUCAAGUCUCUGCCCGCCCUCCCAACCAGCACCCAUUCCUGGCUGCAAGAAAAUGCAAUUAGAGAGUGUCCCAGGAGAAUGCUGCAAGCAAUGGAAAUGUGUGAAAAAUGAAUCCACAGACCCGAACCAUUCCCAGGGGGAUCCCCUGCACCCCAACAACAAGGAGAACACCAGUCUUACUGCUGACACUCAAGGAGUCAAAGAUGGAGUUAUCGGAAAGCAGCGUUCCUGUUUAAUCGAUGGCACGGAAUACCUACAUGGUGAGAAAUUCCAGUUUGGUUGUGUAGGUCGCUGUGAGUGUCGGGAUGGUGCCAUUGGUUGUUUAAGUCUCUGCCCGCCCUCCCAACCAGCACCCAUUCCUGGCUGCAAGAAAAUGCAAUUAGAGAGUGUGCCAGGGCAGUGCUGCAAGGAAUGGAAAUGCAAGGAAUAUGAUUCCGUUGACCAAUCCCAGGGGCUUCCUCUGUCCCCCACCAGUAACAAGAAUGACAGCCAUGGUGUUAAAGGACAAGGAGUGAAAAGGAGGACCAGAGAGAUUUCUGACAUAGAGGAUGAUGAUUCUUUGAAUAGUGAAUCCACAUGCACCAAGGAGGCCACUGAGUGGACCACCUGUUCACGCCCCUGUGGAUUUGGCCGUUCAGUGAGAUUAAACUAUGAUCAGGAGACCUGUAGGCCACAGGCAGAAAGGAGGCUGUGCAUGAUCAGACCUUGCAUGGGGGAAUACACGGCUGCAAACUACACGAUCUUGAAAUCCAGCAAAGUCUGUAAUCGCCUCGUGCGUUGGUCAGAACCUCUGCAUCUGUACCACCGAGGAUGCCAGUCCGUGCGUUCCGUCCAGCCCAGGUUCUGUGGGCAGUGCACAGAUGGUCGUAUUUGUGCCCCCUCAGCGAGCGAAACACUCUCUCUGGUCUUUCAUUGUCCCCACAAUAACCGCAGAGUCACGAGACAGAUAAUGUGGCUGGUGAAAUGCAGCUGUGGAAAAAAAGGGGGAAAGAAAAGGGGAGAGCGAAAAAAGGGGGAAGAAAAUAACAGAGAGAAGGAAAUGGAUGGAAAUAAAGGGACUGAAAUAGAAGAAUUAGCCACAAAUGACAUAGAAGUAGGUGGAUAAAAUGGAGAUGGGACAGUAAUUACAGUGGAGGGGCGUUUGAUAAAUAAUAAAGAAAAGGGAGUUUGUUGGAGUGGAGAACAUUGAAGACGAGCAUUUAAUGAGCAGGAGAGGUAGACUGGAAGCUCCGUAUAUGGGAGAGUUUAUUUUGCAUUUUGUUCUACGUGUGCCUAUAUGCUGCCUUGCGAUGUGCAGACUUACUUACCCUUGCACCCAGUUUGGGUUUAGCUGGCCUUAUUCAGACCUUCCCCUAUGUCCAUGCCACUUCGGCCAACUUGUAUAGUUUUAUUCCUCGUGGUUCCAGAAUCUGUUCCCGCUGACAAGCCGUUUCUCCGUGGUUUUCCCUCGUACCCACCGUCAAUGAGCCCGUCUCUUCCGAAGGGUGACUCGCCUGCUAUAUAGGGACGUUAUUUUUACUCAUAAUGCUCGCAGUCAGUGAAUGUAUUAACAUAAUAAAAUGUUGUCACAUGA